AACUGUAAUGGUUCGUCAGAAAUGUCAAAAUCAUAAAUCAGUAAGUGUGACGAGCAAUUAUGGCAAGAAAAUGGAGAAACGAUGAGACGUGACAGAAAGUAAUUUAAGUGUGACUGUUAAGAAAUGUAAAUCAGCCCGACAUUUCUUCCCUCUCAAACAAACAAACCCACCAAAAUUCUUCACUCACCUUCUACAAUGGAGGACGGAUCAUCAUCCUCAACCGCCAUUACAGAGUCAAGAGACGAGCUCAUGAUUUCAUCAGCCGAUCACCAAACCCCAACUUUAAGAAAAGCCCACUUCUUAAAACCCUCUAAAUCCACUGAUCUUCAAGAGAAUUUCAGUCUUUGUUCAGAUUCUCUACCGGUAACAUUUAACCCUCAAAAUUGGCCUCUCACUGUCCAUUUUCACGGGUGGAAAUUUCCACAGAAGGAAUGGAGAGAAUGGGUUCAAAAAAUGGCUUCUUUACACGAACCCACUUGGAAAAAAGCUGGCAUACAUGAAGCCAUCGUGAAUUCCACAUACCAAAUCCAUAGAAAUGAUCUGGUUCUUGGUGUUGCAGAGAGAUGGUGCCCACAAACAAACUCAUUCAUUUUCCCAUGGGGUGAAGCUACACUUACUCUAGAGGAUAUGAUGGUAUAUGGGUACUCAGUUCUUGGUCUCCCCGUGUUUAAAUCUCUUGAAACUGUGGAAUUGAGGGAAAUUGAACAGAAACUGAAUGAAACUAGACUGGAAUUUGGGAGAACUUCUGCUAAAAAAGCUACUCAUUAUCUUUGGUUGAAGAGAUUCAUGGAUAAUGGUGAAGAAUUGGAGCAUGAAGCAUUUCUUUCACUCUGGUUGUCAAGGUUUGUUUUGCCUAUUUCUCAUGAUGUUAUUUCUGAACGUAUUUUUCCAAUUGCUAUUCAUUUAGCUAGAGGUGUUAGGAUUGCUUUAGCACCAGCAGUUCUUGCUAAUAUUUAUAGUGAUUUAACCUUAUUGAAAGGAAAAAUUGUCUCAUUGUCCUCAUUAGUUGGAAACACUGGUAAUGAUGUUAACUAUGAUAAAUCUAUAGUUGGUGUUACAGUUUUUUCUCCACUUCAAUUAGUUCAAGUUUGGAUAUGGGAGAGAUUUUUAAAGCUGCGGCCCAAUCCUAAAUAUAUUGAAAAUGGUGAGCCAAGAUUGGCUCAAUGGAAUAAUCUGAGAUGCAAAUUUGAGAAUCUCAGGCUGGUUUUGGACUCGUCGAAAGAGAGUUUCGUUUGGCGGCCAUAUACUAAGCCUGUGAAAAAUUGGGAGUUUCCCAAGUUUUAUAGGGAGGAAGAAAUGUGGGUGUCGGUGAAUUCGUGUUUGGAUGAAGAGCUAGAGUCGUUUUUCCGAUGUUUGAGAGUUUCCGAGUUAGUUGGGAUUGGAGCUGAUUGUAUUGAACAGUAUCUUCCGCAUAGAGUAGCAAGGCAAUUUGGAUUUGAUCAAGAUGUUCCAGCUUUUGUUGCUCGAUCUAGUGAGAAUCGUGAGGAUGCUUGGAAUGUUUAUAAUAGACCACUUACUGAUGUAAAAUGUUAUGUGCCCUCUCGUCUUUUUGAGACUGAUGUUACAGUCAAGUACAUGGAGUGGUGGAAGGAUUCAGUAUUGGAACGGCACAAGAGUUUAGCAUGCCUUAGGAAAGAGCUGAAGCAGUCGAGAGAAAAGAAUAAGAGAUGUAAACUCGUAUGUAUUUCUAAAAUUAUGCGAAAGAGUCUCAAGCCAAAGAAGGCAGAGAAUGAUUUAAGAGCAUUGAAUGCACCACUUCAGAGUCCCAAUAGCGAAAAUAUCAUUUCCUGUUUGAAAAGAUCAUCAAAGAUCCUAAAACGGAAGAACAUGGACAGUGUCGUACUUGAUUCUAGUAAUUAUUCUGGGCGGAAAUCGAAAACCUUGGUCAAGAGUUUAGACAAAAAGACUCUUGUUGAAAUUAACGAUCUUCCCUUUCCUCCUGGAUUUCCUCCUAAAUGUAAAAGGUUGGAAGCUGGAGAUUCUAGUGAGGAAGAUCACCUAACUAUAGCACAAUUGCGAAAAUCCAGGAACAAGCAUGAAGUUAAGACUUGGCAAGCUCCGCUAAGUGAAGCUGUUGAGAAUAAGGAGGGUGAUAAUGAAAAUGCAUCAGGUCGAAAUUUGAUUCCUGAUACAGUAGUUGAACAUAAUGAAGCAGCUGUUCAGGAUGGACAUGGCAGCAAUGGAAAAAUUGUGUCGGGUCGUCCAUAUGUGAAUGACUCAUCUCCCGGUGAUAAUGCUGUGCAGCUGACACUGAAAUCCAAUGAACCAGCCGAGACCAAACACGACAAUGAUGGUGGAAAUGUGUCUGGUCAGUUAGGCCAACCUCUGAGUCGUUCAUCGUCAACUGGCGAAAAUGUGGCUAUAGAAGUUUUAGAUAUGAGUGAUGGUGAAAAUGCAGGCAGUGCAUUAGGCCAAUCUCAGAGCCCUUCAUCCUCAGUUGCAGGUAGUAAGACUGUUAAUAAUUCGGAACCGCGAGAAGUGUCAGUUCAUACAAAUGAGAGUGGCGAAGAAGGAAAUCCAUUUGAAACACUUGAAGGUAGAAUUAGUAUGCUGGAGAAGGUAGUUGCUGACCGGAAAGCGAUAUUGUUCAUGACUUUGUAUGGUGAGUGUGAGCCUAGCCUUUGACAUGAUAAUGCAUGAUUUAGUUUUAUUCCUUUUGCCUUGUAUAUAUAUAUAACUGCUAUUGACUUGGUAAACGAAAUGAAGUUGAGUCUCAGCUUUGAAUCC